AUGACUGAACCAGAGGUAGCCCCAUAUGGGGGUUUUAUAGUGAAAACCUUGGAGGAUGAGAAGGCAAAUGAAGCAAAGCUUGAGGAGUUGGCUAUUGAAGUUGAAUAUCAUGGCACCACCCAAACGUUGAGGCCCGAAGCUUUGAGAUUGAAUGGUGUGGACAAUUUAUCAACAGAGGAGAUCAAGUCUUAUGUCGACUAUUAUCUCAACUACACUACAUCACAUAGCGAGGAACUCGACAAAAUAGAAUACAAUCAAAUUCCGUUUAACGACCAAGUCACUUUUCGUGUUGAAUGGAUCAACGACUCCAACGUCAAUAUAGUUUUCAAAACAAAUCUGGACAGUUUAAAAGGUUUGAGGCAAUUGAGUAGCGACCCAAUAGAGAUUGACGAAAAUGAUCCAGCUUUCAUAAACGAAGCUAUACAAGAGCGUGCGGCCAAGGACUACAACCCUAUAAUACCAUUUCGCAGCAGCCAGAGCUUGUCCAAUCGGUUGGGGUUGAAAGAGAAAUCAAAAGACGAUACUCAAGAGGGGAUGAUGGAGGACGAAUCCUCGAUUGAGUUGCGAAUCAGACAAUCUUUUCAGCUGGAUCGGAAAGUAAAGAAUGCGUCACAGUACUCUCGCUACUAUUUAGUUCAUGGAGAACCCGAAAGGCCUCGUCGACCACGACCAACACACAGACAUAAAAGAAGAAGAGACCCAGCUAAACCCAAAGAAGAUGACGUUGAGGAAGAUUUAUUUGCUGACAAACUCAGGCAAGGACGAUUAAACUCUCGUGAACGUGCAGUUGAUGACGAAGAAGAGGAUUUGUUUGCAGACAAGUUAAAACGGAGUAGAUCACGAUCUCCAACUCGGUCUGGCAGUAGCCGCUACAGUCAAAGGUGA